AUGACUAGAUUGCCCAUCCACACUCAUCCAUUCCCUCACUCAGCAAACGGAUUCUCACAGCCGCCCCUGAGACGAGCGGCCACUCACAGAACUGGACCCAUCCUCGUCGUCAUUCACUCAAAAGCCGCUGGUCGAGACGACAGUCACCAACGGCCCUCGAAAUGGCACCGAGUCGGGGGGAGUUAUCGAAUUUGGGCAAGAAACGGUGUCAAUUCUCGCAAUUGUCGGUGUUUGUAUUUUUCUUGCAAUCGCCAAUGUGAUCAAGAAAGACAAGAUCGACAAUUGGAAAGAGAUAGAUUCAAUGAUAAACAACAACGUGGAGGAGGAACACCCUAUUCAAAGCAGAAAAAAGUUGCCGAUAAAACGAGUAUUAUGAAGAAAGGAGACACCGGAAAAGAUGGAAAAGUGAUAGAAGAUGGCGAAAGAGAUCAUCCACGUUUGGAGACUAAAAUCAAUGCGUCUGAAACGAUUGAAGAGUUUGAAGCUCGUGUCCGGGAUCAAUUCUCACGAGCCAAUGUCCUUAAUGAAAUAAAAGAAGAGGAAAUUCAGCCAUCGAUUCAAUCGGGGAAAAAUAAACGAGUUGAAGAAAUUGCUCUCGAAUUAUCUGUAGAAAAUCUGCAAAGAAGUGAAUCAAAAGCCGGACAAAUAGACGAUAAAUCAUUGAAUGAAAAGAAUCACAAUCAGUCAGAAAAAGGAUCAUUUCAUAGAAACGAUUCAAAAGUAAAUGUUUUCAACACGGAUCGAAUUGAGGAAAUCGAUCUCAAUCCAGCUCUUAACAAUUCAAUAAAUCUUGAAACUAUC